CAGGCAACCGUGGAAGUGGAGCUCAGAGCUUUUGCAUUGUCAUUGCGAGUUUAAUUGUAUUUUCUGUCAAGGAAAGCUUGCUGUAGUGAAAGAUUGGUCCUCCAGUUUKUAAUAGGUGGAAUAGAAGUGUAGUCAAAAGUACUYCUCCAUAUAUCUUGAGAAGGGUGAUAAAUUGGUUUGAAUGCAGCUGUCUCCAUCUCUCGCUCUCUCUUCGAUCACAUCUGUAUCGUCCUGACACGAGCGGGACCAUCAAGCUUAAUUCCUUACAGUCAAAAAACUAAUGAUUUGAGGAUAGAAGAAGUUUUUUCGACGGUUCUUACACUGAACAACGUUCCAUUAUGAAAAUCUUCAACCAACUUCGUUUACUUGUGUGGAAAAACUUUACACUGAGAAAGCGACAACCGCUGCGCAACUUCCUUGAAAUUGCAUGGCCUCUUGUCAUUUUUUUCAUCCUGGUAGCCGUAAGAACAAGAAGRCACCCAGAAAGCAAAGCAAGCAGAUACUAUAGACCAAGAGCAUUGCCGUCAGCAGGCCUCCUACCAUUCAUGCAGUCAUUCUUUUGUGAUUAUCGAGGAGGAUAUCUUCUCUAUUCUGAUGGUACAACCUACAACAAUUUACCAGAUGUACAAAAUUCAAGAUUUGCUAAGUUUGUUGAGGAUGCACUUCCUUUAAUUGAAAAUGGCACAGUCAGAGACAGGAUACUAAGACUGAACACUGACUACCAGAAUUACCUCAGAGACCAAAAUCUCUGGAACCAGCUGUAUCAGAUGUACCAAAACAACACAAACAUCACCAGAAAUGCAUUCAGAAGUUUCAUAAGAGAUCCAACAGCAUUUCAAAACUAUCUUCAAAACCAGAUAGGAAUCAAGCCUGAAAUUGUCCAACAGCUGAUGACUGCUAAAUUGAAUCAAGACCAGGUUCAAAGGCUUAUGGCUCUAGCCAGUACUCUCUCAGGAAACUAUUCAUCUCUAAUGCAGAUGAUAAUAGGCUCAGGUUUAAAUUCCCUUCCUUUUCCCAAUGCUUCUCCUCAAGGACAAUGGUUAGCCUGGCUUAUUCAAAAUAUGCAGAUUGUUCAAGCCCUUAGUCAGGGUCAAAGCCUUACUGCUGCUCAAAUCAGGAAAAUUGCUUGUGAUGACAGUUCACCAGUGGCUAUUGAUAAUAUAGUGCAAGUGUCUCAAGGAAACUUGAGUGAUGUAAGGAMAGCUCUUUGUGGUCUAAGUGAUUCUAAACUCCAAAACUUGACAGCAGAAUUAAGGAAACAGAUCAUUAUUCCAAGGACUCCAAGUAGCCUUAAUACAACAAUGCUGUUGGAACAGGCAAGGGUGUUACAAAACCUGACAGGAGACCUUCAAAAUCUCUACCAAGAUAUGCUUGCAUUACAACCACUGGAAAAAGUGGUUACAGACUACCUGAGUUUGAUGCAGCUAGCUAGUCAGGGUGCUGAUUUAAAUGAGUUAAUUUGCAAUGGCCGCUACAAAUCAUUUGGAACUAACGUCACUACUAGUAGUGGCUCAUCAAGUACGUUUGGAUUACAGCAAGCCAUGGGUAGUCUUUUUGGCAAUAGACAAUCCAAUACACAACAAACCCAGCGUAAUACAACAUCACGCCCUUGGAGAGGUUAUGAUAACUGCAGCUUCAAAAUACAGGCUUAUCCAGAAUAUCUGGAUAAACUAAAGAACAAAACAUUUGCCAUGAAGCUUUCUUUCAAAGAUAAGUGUGCCAUGAUUGAUCCAUAUAAAAGAAUUGACUGUGGGUGGCCUGGGAUGUCUCCUAGCCAGUGUUAUCAAUUGGGAUGUUGUUUUGACUCCUCCAUUAAAGGACCUCAUUACUGCUUUUAUGAACCUAAAAAAGCCCAAUGUGGUUGUCUGUUGGGUACAGCAUUGAAGACCACCUCUGGUGCUUCAGACAGAACCAACCAGCCAAGCUAUGACAGGGGAUUUAUACAAUUAUCUCAGUUGUUUCUUAGAGGGCAAAUCCUUUACACUCCAGAUAAUCCUCUGACKCGAAAAAUUAUCAAAAAUAUUCAAGCUGAGCUGUCUGAUAUUGGACUGUUAAAAGACUUUGCAGUGUGGUGGCUCAAUAACUCUGACACCAUCCGAGCUAGCCUGCAAGAUGUCCCUUUGAUUUAUAGAGGCUUAAUGCAAAACAAUAAUAAUUCAACAAGAGCAGCACAGCAGUGGCGCACUUUCCUUCAAUCACAACUUCGUGCAUCAAACUCAACACUUGCAGACCAGCUAGAGCGUUUGCCCAAYAACACAGCUAUUAUGGCUUUCCUAAAUAGCCAGAAUGGUACCAUGAACAUUAGCAAUGUGAUGGACAAUGUAGAUGCAAUGUUUAGGGAUGCUGUUKCAGUGUAUGACUGCYUGGAUCAUGAUUACUUUGUUGGAUAUCCAGAUGAAGAGUCUUUGGUACUGCGUGCUACAAACACUUCAACAACUCCUGUUAUUGCCAGUUUUGUUUUUGAAAAUGUGGAUGGCAAUUCAAUGCCCAAACAUGUCAAGUACAAGAUMCGCCAGGACAUUGACUAUACACCAAGGACAGACAGAAUACGAUCAUGGUAUUGGAAACCAGGUCCACGAGAUGGAUUCACUUCAAAUGGAUACCUAAACUUUGGUUUUGUGUUCCUGCAAGAUUUGAUUGACAGAGCAGUGAUGAGCAUGAUGUUUAAUGAAACAGUGAAUGAACCAGGAAUCUAUGUGCAGCAGUUCCCAUACCCUUGUUAUAUACGGGACAGGUUUGUGUGGUACAUUGGUGGUUCUAUGCCAUUAUUAAUGACACUAGCCUGGGUGUACAGUGURGCAAUGAUCAUCAAGGGAAUUGUUUAUGAAAAAGAGAAAAAGUUAAAAGAAGUGAUGAAGGUUAUGGGUCUUGGCCGUACUGUCCACUGGAUUGCUUGGUUUAUCAACAGCUCUUUCAUGAUGCUUAUUACCAUUGUAUUUCUUGUUCUGACMAUGAGGUUUGGACGUAUUCUAACCAAUAGUAAUYCUUUCAUUGUAUUCCUCUUCCUGGUCGUAUUUAUGGUGUCAACAAUUAUGAUGUGCUUCUUGAUAAGCGUGUUCUUCUCACGGGCCAAUGUGGCCGCGGCAUGUGGUGGAAUAAUCUUCUUUAUCACAUAUCUACCAUACUCAAUAGUGAGGUGGUUUGAAGCCUACAUGUCAACCAGUGAAAAGGCUCUUUCGUGUCURUCAUCCACCACUGCWUUUGGUCUUGCGUGCAGCUAUUUUGCACGUUAUGAAGAACAAGGCACAGGAAUCCAGUGGGAUAACUUGUAUUCUAGUCCUUUAGAAGGUGAUGGUUUUAGUUUAGGUUAUGCYUUGACAAUGAUGAUGSUUGACUCUGUUCUGUAUGGUGUGUUGACAUGGUAUCUGGAAGCUGUCAUGCCUGGCCAAUUUGGAAUCCCUAAACCUUGGUACUUUCCAGUACAAAAGUCUUAUUGGUUUCCUAAAAAAGCCAGCAAUUCAACUCCGUACCAACAUAAUAGUACUAGCAAUGGAACUAGAAGCCAACAGUGGGUCUCAAAUGGAUUGGGGCAGGCACCAGACAUGCAUGAAAUUGCAUUCAAAGGUGAUGAAAAUGACCAGACUGACAAAGAAACCCCAAUAGAAGCAGAACCUACRCAUUUACCUCUUGGGGUCUCYAUCAAGGACUUAGUUAAGAUCUACAAAUCAGGCAACAAGUUAGCUGUUGAUGGUCUCAACUUAAAUCUCUACGAGAAUCAGAUCACAUCAUUCUUGGGUCACAAUGGUGCCGGCAAGACUACCACAAUGUCAAUUCUCACUGGUUUAUAUCCUCCUACUCAUGGAACAGCAGUAAUCAGUGGAAUGGACAUAAGAACAGACAUAGACCUUGUAAGAAAGAGCCUUGGCAUGUGCCCACAGUACAAUGUUUUGUUUGACCAGCUGACUGUUGAAGACCAYCUGUGGUUUUACUCUUCCUUAAAAGGAAUGGAGAAAUCCAAAAUUCCAGAUGAGAUUGAAAAGUUCCUCAAAGACAUUGGUCUAGAGAACAAGAGACAUGAGUUGGCAUGUAACUUGUCUGGUGGCAUGAAACGCAAACUGUCUGUUGGUAUGGCAUUCAUUGCAGGAUCUAAGGUGGUUAUUCUUGAUGAACCUACAGCUGGAGUGGAUCCAUAUGCCCGGAGAGGUAUAUGGGACUUACUUCUCAAGUACAAACCAGGUCGCACWGUUUUACUUUCCACUCAUCAUAUGGAUGAAGCUGAUGUGUUGGGUGAUCGUAUUGCAAUCAUCUCWCAAGGUAAACUACAAUGCUGUGGUUCAUCUUUGUUCCUCAAGGGACAUUAUGGCAAUGGAUACUACUURACACUGACAAAGAAGUCCCCAGGAGAGAGACCUACCACAGCUGGAACUUUGAGGGACGUUAAACUGCAUCUUGAAGACAUUAGUGAGUCUGCUUCUUCAGAUGAAGGUGUAUUUCUUGACUCUGGUGAUGCCUCAGAAAAAGGAAGCUUGGCAUCCAGUGCUAGUGGUUCWGAUGAAACAGAUGGCCACUGCAGUGCAGACUCUGUAAGCUCUUUYAUCAAGAAGCACAUCCCUACUGCACAGCUUGUGGAACAUGUUGGCUCUGAGCUCACCUAUGUCCUUCCAACUGARGCUGCGAAAGAGGGAAAAUUCCAGGACAUGUUUGAGGACCUUGAUAGAAACUUAGGGAAGCUGCGUGUGGGSAGUUAUGGUGUAUCAGAUACAACACUUGAAGAGGUCUUUCUUAAAGUUGCCGAAGAAGCUGUAGAUGAAAACGCAGAUCUAUUUGCAGCAGAAGUCCCAAAGCGUCGCUUUAGUUUCCGCCAUCAGCUUUUUUCAAGAGGAAAAGUAYGUGACAGUCUCAACGACAAGAUUGAACUGCUUGACAACAUGGAGGAAGAAAAUCCAGAUAACAGAGCCAAUGAUCCUGCUGAUGAUGCCGUUGAUGGCAGCUACAAUGUUGAUGGCAAGUCUUCUGGAAUGAAACUGCUCUUCAGGCAAUUCUGGUCUCUGGUCAUCAAGAGAUUCCAUCAUACAAGGAGAAACAGGAAAGCCUUUCUUUCUCAGAUCAUCCUUCCUGCUAUUUUUGUUUGCAUUGCCAUGAUUGUUGCCCAGAUCCGUCCAUUCUAUGAAAUGCCUGCCAUUAAAUUGUCAACCAAGAUGUUCCAAGACUCUGUUCCUAGUGAACAGUAUAUGAUGUUUGCUGAUGAUGAUGCCAAUGAUGCCUAUUCUAACAGUUUGACAGACAUUUUCCUAAAUUAUCCUGGGCUAGGUACAGCUUGCAUGGAUGGUUCUUGUCCAAAGGUGCCAAUCAACUUCAAAGGUCCAAUCACUGGACCAAUCACAAAUACUCCUAACUGCUCCUGUUCAACUGGAAUUUCUAUUUGCCCUGCUGGGGCUGGAGGACCAAAACCAAGGCAGUGGACAUCUUACUCAGGGGACAUUCUGCAGAAUGUGACUGGUAGAUAUAUUCCUGAACUCCUUUUGAAGACACAUGACCAAUAUAUCAGAAAAAGGUAUGGUGGCAUAACAUUUGGAGACAACAUUCCUAAUCUUCCAAGCAGCAUUAGAGAGUCACAAGACCCUGUUGUAAAAAGAAUGAUAUCUUAUAGAAACACCAAGGCUUGGUAUGACAAUAAAGGYUACCACGCCUUACCAACCUAUGUAAAUGUGUUAUCCAACAACAUUCUCAGGAACAAGGCCAAAAUGAAGGGAUUGAAUCCAACAGAAUAUGGAAUAUCAACUUUCAAUCAUCCAAUGAACUACACCAAAGAACAGUUGAAUGACCAGACAUUUAUAAAGCAAGCUGUGGAUGUUCUUGUUGCUAUUUGUGUGGUGUUUGCUCUAUCAUUUGUGCCAGCUAGUUUUGUGGUGUUCCUGGUCAAUGAACGAGCUACCAAAGCAAAGCACCUUCAUAUGGUUAGUGGUGUGCGGCCAUACAUCUACUGGACUGCCAAUUACUUCUGGGACAUGUGUAGUUACCUCAUUCCUGCCAUCAUAUGUGUGCUCAUUUUCCUUGCCUUCAACGAUGAAUCUUAUACUUCUGCAAUGAAUUUCCCACCAACCUUCUUGUUGUUGCUGCUUUAUGGAUGGGCCGUUACACCUUURAUGUAUCCUGCCUCAUAUAUAUUCAGCGUUCCAAGUACUGCAUACAUUGUCAUGAUCUGUGCCAAUUUGUUUAUUGGCAUUAACUGCACAUUGGCAACAUUUAUUCUUGAGAUGUUCCAGGAUGAUCAGGAGYUGAUUGACAUCAAUAAUUCCUUGAAAGCAAUCUUUCUUAUCUUUCCCAACUACUGUCUUGGYCGUGGACUGAUUGAUUUGGCUAAAAACCAAUUUAUGGACAUUUUUAGUCGAUUUGGGCAAAAUCUGGUAAAGGAUCCCUUCAGCUGGGAUAUCACAGGUCGUAAUAUCAUGGCUAUGAUUAUCCAAGGRUUUGUGUUCUUCGCCAUCAAUGUUCUCAUAGAAUAUCGAUUCUUUAUCAAGCAAAGGCCUGUAAAGAAUGUUGUCAAUACCUUAUCUGAGGAAGACGAYGAUGUGAAACAAGAAAGAAGACGAGUUGUUUCUGGGACAGGAAGCAGUACAGAUGCUAUGAGGCUUGUUAACCUCACCAAGAUAUUCAAGGUCCGUUCGAAAGUAAAUGUUGCCGUKAAUCAGCUGUGUGUUGGAGUCUCCAAAGGGGAGUGCUUUGGYUUGCUUGGUGUCAAUGGGGCUGGCAAGACUACAACAUUCAAGAUGUUAACAGGMGACCUUCCAGUAACAUCUGGAGAAGCUUAUGUCAAUGGUUACAGUGUCCUAUCAGAGAUCCAUGAUGCACAUCAGACAAUGGGRUAUUGUCCACAGUUUGAUGCCUUGGAUGAAUUACUGACAGCUAAAGAGCAUCUGUACUUGUAUGCAAGACUGAGAGGUGUUCCUGAGGCUCAAAUCCAAAAGGUGGUAAUGAGUUUAAUYGCUAGAAUGAACCUAAGACAAUACCAGGACGUAUGUGCUGGCAAGUACAGUGGUGGCAACAAGAGAAAACUGUCAACUGCUAUUGCUCUUGUGGGAAAUCCAAAUAUUGUUUUCAUGGAUGAACCUACWACAGGAAUGGAUCCUAAAGCAAGACGCUUUUUGUGGAACAUUAUCACAUCUAUUGUUAAGGAAGGUCGCACAGUCAUUCUCACAUCGCAUAGCAUGGAGGAAUGUGAAGCCCUAUGCAACAGAGUAGCAAUAAUGGUCAAUGGGCAGUUCAAAUGCCUUGGAAGUCCACAACACCUCAAAAAUAAGUAUGGUGAUGGCUAUACUGUAGUCCUAAGAGUUGCUGGACCCAAUCCAAAAACAGAGCAGGUCUCUGAAUUCAUCAAAACUGUCUUCCCWAAUGCUAUUUUAAAGGAUCAGCAUCUCAACAUGYUGGAAUAUCAGCUACCUUCACAAGGGCUUUCAGUUGCCAAUGUCUUUGGCCAGUUGGARGCAAACCGUAAAAUAUUUAACAUUGAGGAUUACUCAGUAUCUCAGACCACACUUGAUCAGGUGUUUAUUAACUUUGCAAAGGACCAGACAGAUGGCAUUGACGAUACACGACCCAAGCGUCUUGUAGCCAAUAAUAUUGAGUUGCCCACCAUGAGAUACACCCARUUAGUUGACGGCAACAUACUUCAACAAUCUGUUGAUGUGUAGURCACAACAGUAAUUUUCACCAAUCAAUCGAAUUCUACUUGUAUUGUACAGUAUUCAAAAGAAUUGUGAUAAAUUAUUUUGUCAAGGUCAACUAGUCUGAGGCAAAUUACUUCAUSAAAAUAAGGAAUUAUAGAAAUACAUAUUUGUAAAUCGACUGUUAGUAAUGUAUAAUUAAUGUAACCAUGUGUAAUAUCAUAACAUGUACAGACUAUAGUAGCCAGUCUGUCUAAAAGUACUGAACAAUAAUUCCAAUAGGACAAUUGUGCAAAUGUGUCAUUGAAAAUAACUUCAGCACAUUGUCAGGUAGUUGUUGAAAAUUGUCCCAUUUUACAAUUGUCCUAAUAUGGUAUUAUAUUAUUAGCACUGUCCUUUUGAUCUAAUACCUAAAGUCAUGCAUGAGCAAUUGUCUCUAGUUAUAUCAGACCUUUAUUUCCAUUCAUUAUUCAGUUGAAGUAAACAUUUUGCACAGUAGAGUGCUCGCACUUAAAGCGUGAAACAAAUAGUACUAAUUACUACUGUUUUUCUAGUAAUCAUAGCUCAAACUCUGUUGGUGUGAGAAUGAGACCUAUUUUAAUUGAUUCCUACACCUUUAGAAAUAUCACUAUUGACUAGACAAAUGAAUGCUUACCUUUAUUUUGUAUCUUUUUAACAUUGUAUUUUCUAUUAUAAUUUUAUAUAGAUUACUCCCACACAUCUCCACAGGAUGCAUCCUAUCCUCAUUUAAAUUAUAUUUUGUAGUCAAAGAGUCCAUGCCAUAUGUCAGGAGCUAGAGACAACUUCUAACCAAUUUGCACAAACAACAAAAGCUAAUAGAAAGACUGUCAGUUUUMUGCUAUACCSUGUCAGUGUWCUYGUUUUGUGAGUUGUUUGAAUAUGGCAUGCAUUCUGUAGAAAAUAUGCUGUGCAUUUGAACAGCUAGAGCAUCAAAUCAAUGAAACAAAACCCAGGGCUCGAAAUAAGGGGAGGUCAAAGGACGAAUGGGAAUUUGAAAGGUUAUAUUAACCAGCCCUAUCUGAAAAAGUGUUUGGAACAUUAUGUCCUGUGUAGGUCCAGACAUUAUUUCAAGCCUUGAAAACCUAACUGUGAAGAUGUAAUAGUACUAUAAUAGUACAAUAUAUAGUCUAGCAGACAAAAGCUAUUGAACAUGCUGUCCAUUUCAUAGUCUUUUAUUUUACACUUUUUUAUUUUAKACUUUAUUCAUAUGCAUGCUCUUGGUGCACCUUAUCUUUUACUAGCUUCAUCCUGUUUUAGUUUCCAAGUGGUUGUGGUGCAUAUACAUUAAGAGAUUACAUUGUAAAUAUGUGUAGUACAGGAUAAUAAAAGGAUACAGCUUUGGAAACAAAUAAGGAACUGAGACCUCUUGGAAACAAUAAUUGAGUGUAUUUUCAACUUGUUAUAUGGUGUGUCCAUUACAUGUAUAUAUUUUUUAUUAUUAURGUUGAGUUUAAUGGCUAGACCCAAAAAACAGUGCACUAUUACAAAACUAAAUCAUUAUUCUCAAUUUUAUAGCUAAGCCUUAUCUAGUCUUGUAUAAAAUUGCCAUUUGUUUAAUACUAAUGAGAAUAUGAAGUUGUUGUUCAAGUYUUA